UUCCCCCGCUCCCCUCAGGGCUGAGGGGGCCUCGGCUCGGGUGGGGGUGAUGAUGGCGGUGGCGGCGGUGCUCGCCUUGGCGGCCGUGCUCGGACCCGGUGUCUUUGGGGAUGAGUUCAGUGUAUUAAGAUCACCACAGUCUGUUGUUUUCCAAAAUGGAAACUGGCCGAUACCUGGGGAGCGAAUAGCAGAUGUGGCUGCGUUAUCCAUGGGCUUUUCCGUCGAAGAAGACCUUUCUUGGCCUGGCCUGGCAGUGGGCGAUCUGUUCCAUCGUCCUCGAGCUACUGUUUUGGUAACAGUGAAAGGAGUGGAUAAACUGGCCCUGCCCAAAGAUGGUAUUUCAUAUCCUCUUGAAAAUGCAGUUCCUUUCAGCCUGGACCGUGUAGCAGAUGCUAUCCACAAUUUGUUCUCUGAAGAAACCCCUGUUGUUUUGCAAUUGGCUCCUAGUGAGGAAAGAGUGUACAUGGUGGGGAAGGCAAACUCAGUAUUUGAAGACCUGUCGGUCACAUUGCGACAGCUCCGUAAUCGCCUGUUCCAGGAUAAUUCCAUUCUCAGUUCCCUCCCUCUCAACUCUCUGAGCAGAAACAAUGAGGUUGACCUGCUCUUUCUAUCAGAGCUACAAGUCCUACGUGAUAUUUCAAGUUUGCUGUCUCGGCACAAGCACCUGGCCAAAGACCACUCUCCUGACCUGUACUCCCUGGAGCUGGCUGGCUUGGACGAGAUUGGGAAACACUAUGGGGAAGACUCUCAGCAGUUCAAAGAUGCUUCCCAGAUUCUCGCUGACUUCCUACAAAAGUUUGCAGAUGAAAUGUCCAGUCUCUACGGUGGGAACGCGGUCGUGGAGGUGGUGACAGUCAAGACUUUUGACACUCCCCUUGUGAGGAAAACCCGGUCCAUCCUUCAGGUUAAGCAGAUGUCCAAUCCCGGAAGCCCCUACAACCUUGCGUACAGAUACGACAUUAAUUACGCCGUGGUCUUCAAUAUCAUCCUUUGGAUCAUGCUGGGCUUGGCCUUAGCCGUGGUGGUCAUCUCCUACAAUCUCUGGAAUAUGGAUCCUGGCUAUGACAGCAUCAUUUACAGGAUGACAAACCAGAAGAUCCGCAUGGACUGAACUUCUCUUGGGCCCGCCAGAAAACGUGGUAUGGGCACUUGGCUUCAGAGUGUUAAAAUGAAUCUCCUGGAGUGGUGUAAAGUGGAUACCGUCAUCUUAAUUUAUAAAGUCAAGAUCUGUUUCUCCAUUCAGUGUACUUGCAACUCUUUCUCAACGUGAAUUCAAAACAUUGACAUGAGUGGAAUUGUUUGCAAUGCAUAUCCUACAGCCUGUUAAAAUGGCAUGAUAUUUUCUUUCUAAUUUCAUUCCAUUUUGUAUUUGGAAACAUGCUCCGAACAAGUGAAAACACUUAGAAGUGAGUGACAUCCUGUAUUGCUUAUGUGUGAAAAUUGCACUGAAAGUAUGAUAGAAACAUUCUUCUAAAUGCUUAAAUAUUUUACACUGGAUAAUUAAGACAUCUCUUUGGACUGUUGUAUAGUUUGAACCGCUGGUGAAUCUAUUUAUGUUGAUAUGUUAAUGUCUGCAAUGGCUUAUUAGACGUGGAAAGAUGUAGUUGUGCAUCUCUCCCUCCCUCCCCGCCCGUAACUUGAGGCCGUGGCUCUGCAGAUUAGAAACCUCUUACCUGUGGUGAUCUGUAUUUUUCCAAAGUCCUGGGCUGGAAGCUGAAAAAUAGAGCAAGAGGAUGAGAAGGGAAACUUGAGCAACAGCAGGCAGACCUUCCCUGUAACUACCAAUGUCCACCAUGACUCUGGGAAGGGGGCGGGGAGUCACUCAUCCCAGCCAUCCUGGUUUCCCUAGCACUGAAUCUCAACAUUCCUGGGUGUUGCAGCAGGGAAUCUUACAAACCUAUCAUUAUUCGAGGGUGGCGGUGGAGGCACUGGCUUGCUCUUGCAAGUUCUCAAAGGAAAAAAGAAAACCAAACCCAAAACAGUCCACCCCUGGGAAGGGCAGAUCAGUGCUCUAAACUGAACAAAGUAUGUAAGGCUAAAAAUAUGGCAAUGCUUUAGGACUGCUGUUAGAAGUUUAAUUCUACUAGAUGGUUGAUUCCUGUUUUGAAAAUGGACCAAUGUUUUUCAUGCUUCUGUGUGAUUGAAAUAAAAAUUGAUAAGAUGUCCAUAUA